AUGCCGUCUCUCGACUGCCGCUCCUUCCCUCACCUGUGGGAUCAGAUCCUCCUGGACCUCGACUACCCCGACAAGCUCCGUCUUCGCCUCGUGUGCCACUCUUUGAAGGACAUGGUCGACAAAAGUCUGUGUGACGACAUCGUAGCCUUUCGCACAUCUUUCAAGUUCUACGCCGCCCACGACGAAGACUGUUGGCCCCCGGAAGACGUCACCUUUCUUCCGUUCUUCUCACCUUUCUCUGAUCCAGACACCGAGGUGCAGAAGCAUGCCGUCUGUCGCGCUCAGUCUGUCGAAUUCAGUCUUCCCACUGCGCCCCGCGUGGCCCGCUUGCUGCAAGCAGAGAUGGAUGAUGAGACCCAAGUCUAUGUCUUUCAUGGGGACGAUGUGCAGCCAGCCGACAACGGCGGCCCGUUCAGCACUACCUUCCACCUUCCUCCGUGCUCGAUACUCUUCUUCGACAUCUGGAACCCAUGCGGCUGCGGGGAGCGAGUGAUCACUGGUCAAUGGUCCCACACUGCCAGUACCGUCCAUGUCAACUUCCUCUUCUGCUCACGCGCACCGGUGACGGGUGACUCGGAUUCGGAUGAGGCAAGCUCGAAUGAGGUGGAGCCUUCCAUCGAGUCAUGGCCGCCAGCCAAAUGCUGCGUCGUCCCUGGCAUCCUGACCCCGUCUGUCGAAGACAUCUCGGUGGUACUGGUCGGUCCUGAGGAGAUGGUGAGGGCCGCUCUGGGUCGAUGGCUCACGGUUCCUGAAGUGGCAAUGUUGGGCCUUAGCGCUGUAGUAAUAGAGGUGGACGUCCGGACCACCACGAUGGAUCCGUACAGUCUCCACCACUUCAUACAACGCAUCUUGGUCAACUCGGGCUUCAGGAGGGAACACCUGACAAUUAAAUUGUGUCGCUACAGGUAG